AUGGCCGUCUUGCGCGGUCGUCGGCAAUUAGACGGAUUCGAACCGAGGAUACUCCGCGACUGGCUGGGGGAGGUGGACGAGACGGGGGGGGUGGGGGGGUGUCACUUCGAGAACUGCGAAGAGAGCUCUCAAUUGUCACUCUUGUCAGUGGGCAUACGAGAGGACAGUAGACGCGGUGUGAUGUCAGAGAUACAUAAUGGCGGAAACAAACACCCGCCAAGACUUAUCAGCGGGCAGGACUCGUAUCUAGCGACGCGUGAAUGCAACGGGGGGGCUAAAGCGGCUAAACUUUUCGUUCGUAACAAAGAUCGCGCGGACAACGCGAACCCAGCGCGCCCGCUUUCCCAGGAUCUCUUACCGUGCCUACGAGAAACAAUAGGCCGUGAG